GUUUCUGGGCGUUGUAGUCCUUAGGACCAAAGUCGAGGACAAACCGGGAAAAGGAGAGGAGAGAGGAAAACGACAACUUCCAGCAUGCCGUGCGGCCGGACCCCCUCCCUAGACGGGUCUCUUCUCUGUCUUCCCUUUACCUCUCGGCUGCUCUGUGUGACAGGAAAAGCUCGGCGGGCUGAGGUUGAGUGAUUGCCGCUGAGUCCUGAGAGGGAGGGGCCGAUGCGGAAGAGAUGAAUCGGACAAAAGUUGAUGAGGAAGAGUACUGGCACAGCUCCAAAUUCAAGGCUUUCACAUUUGAUGAUGAUGAUGACGAACUCUCCCAGUUAAAGGAGUCCAAACGGGCAGUGAACAGCCCUUCGGGACAUUGUGAUGAUGAUGACGAUGACCUGGAGAGGGUCAGCUGGAGCGGAGCACCUGUGGGGAGUAACAUUUCUUGGUCCAUCAAAGAGACAGCUUCCAGUGGUGGCCCCACCCUUGAGGGACGUGAACAGCUAAAGACUCGGAACACUUUAUCCUCAUAUACUCCACUACCCAAGCCUACCUCCUCCUAUUCUCUGAGCAGCUUUUUCAAAGGAAGAAGCAGACUUGGGAGUUUACAGUCCCUUUCAGAUGCCCUCUCAGAUGUAUCUUCCAAAAACUAUGCAGAGCUGCGAAGACCUAAGGGGGAAUAUAAGGAUUACAGCAGCGAAUGGAGCCUCAGUGACACAGUCAGGCGUCUGCAGAAGGGUAAGGUCUGCUCCCUAGAGAGGUUCCGCUCCCUACAGGACAAGCUCCAACUUUUGGAAGAAGCCGUGUCUAGCCAUGAUGGGAACGUCAUUACUGCUGUUUUGAUCUUCCUCAAGAGGACCCCUGAGCAAAGAGAUCCUUUCCGAGAGCUGGAAGUGCGACAGGUUGCCCUGAGACAUCUCAUUCACUUUCUUAAGGAGAUAGGCGAUCAGAAGAUGCUCCUAGACCUUUGUCAGGUGAGAGCUACUCCAUCAGUCAAGAGUAACAACCAAAGUUCCCACAUGCAGAGGCUCUGUUUAGGAAUGAAGGCAAAGCUUAUCUGGUACCUGGACAGAACAGAAGAACUUGCACUGUCCCAGUACCAAGAACAUUUAAGCAUCCAGGACCCUGAAAAGCGGAAAGAAUUUCUCAAGAGUUGCAUUGGUUUACCAUUUUCAGUGGAAGAUGCUACUCAUGUUCAAGACCAUUAUACACUCCUGGAACGACAGAUCAUCAUUGAGGUGAAUGACCGACAUCUAGAAUCUUCAGGCCAGACAGAAAUCUUCCGAAAACAUCCACGGAAGGCCUCCAUCCUCAACAUGCCACUGGUGACAACUCUCUUCUAUUCCUGCUUCUACCACUACACAGAGCCUGAGGGAACAUUUAGCAGUCCCAUCAAUCUGAAAAAAACUUUUAAGAUUCCUGACAAGCAGUAUGUGCUCACAGCACUGGCUGCUCGUGCCAAACUCCGAGCAUGGCAGGAUGUGGACGCCCUCUUCACCACCAAGAAUUGGCUGGGGUACACCAAGAAGAGAGCUCCUAUUGGCUUCCACCGAGUUGUGGAAAUUCUGCACAAGAACAAUGCCCCCAUACAGGUCUUACAGGAGUAUAUCCGACUCGUGGAAGAUGUGGACACAAAGCUGAAUCUGGCUACCAAAUUUAAGUGCCAUGAUGUUGUCAUUGAAACAUAUCGGGACCUGAAGGAUCGGCAGCAGUUAGUAGCUUACAGAUGUAAAGUGGAUAAAGCAUCUGCGGAGGAGGAGAAGAUUGACAGCAUUCUCAGUAGCACGCAAAUUCGAUGGAAGAACUAACUGGAAAGUAGUGAACCAAGGAACUUUCCUGUUUGCACUCUUCCUGCCCCAAGAGAGGUGGGCGGGAAGGUACUCACUCUAAGCCACAUCACUUGGGCCUAUCACCAACAGGCUGAGCCUAUGACUGGGACAGAUCAGCACUUAGACCAGAACAUCUUCAAACUGAGCCUCAGGCCAGAGGACACUUAUGGUGGCUGAGUCUUCAAGCUGUGAUUUGUGAGACCCUGUUGACUGGAGACUUUUGUGAAGGUUGAGGGAGGCAGUUUCCAAUGUGUGACUCUGUAGGGCACAUUCAUGCUCUAACUGAGAAGAUGAUUUUGCUUCAGAAGUGUCCCGGACUGAGGGUCAGUCAUCAUGGAGCUGGCAGCUUCCCUCUCAGCUGGUGGUGGAACUGAAUUUGGUUGGACAGUGGCUGUUCUAAGUCAAGUCAAAAGGCAGAGAGCAGAUGCAUCUACAUCAUAGGAGCAGAAAGAGGGCACUGAAGAUUUGCAGGGAAUACAAUAACCAAUAACCAAUUUGCAUUCAUUUUUACCAUGCCCUCUGAAAUAAUUUUUCCAGGAAGUGUCCCUCUGCUAUACCACCUCACUUCCUUUUGCAAGAGGUAGUGGUUGCUUUCUCUUGCACACUGAGGGUCCUUCUUGUGCUGGUGAUGAGAGCAGAUCCCCAUUACUUCUUCUUCUCCUAACCUAGACCUAAGGCUUUGUUUAGAGGUCAGAUGUAGCCCCCUCUAGAUUCCAGAAAUGCUGGGAAAUAUUCUCUCUGGACAGUUUCUCAGCCCCUUCUUUAUUGGAAACUGCAGGUAGGUCUACCUGGGGUAGAUCCAAACUCAGUCCUGCCUUUGGUCUACCAUGGAUUGUGAUGGGAGUCACAUGUUUUUCACCCUUGGUUUUCAGAAGGGCAUCCUGCAAUGCUUGAUUACUACUCUGCACCAAGCUUAGUUUUCUCUCACUCCUGUGUCAGAGCUGGCUUGCCCCUUCCUCAUUAACUCCUAAUAAAGCUGUUUUUGUGC